GUCUUCUCAAAUCUUGACCUUAUCAUGCAGGACCUCCCUGUCCUCGAAAAAUCCCUUUUACUUGGUUCAUGGGACCCUUCCAUCUCCACCGAGUCUUCUACACUUGCUCUCCUAGCCAAAGCAGUCGUCGAUGCCGACUUUCGUGAAGCAUUAGUCACCAGUCAAUACGCCGUCAAUGCUUUGACGGCAAGUUUUUUGGAGGGAUCGGGACUCAGGGCACCAACAUCGGCUGAAGACUCAGCUUCUCUUCUCUUCCUCGGUAUCGCAUCCCUGCAUGCAUUCGUUCAGAUUAACUGGACGGGUCCUGAACUCGAUUUUGGAGUUCGCGAUGUUUUGCGGAUAACUUCUGAAGCUGACUCAGAGGAUGCUCUUAACCAAAAGGCUGUUUCUCAACUCUCGAUGGGCGGAGAACCGGCGUACCACCUUUCUAAGUGCGCUAUGCUACUUGUUCUUGCUCAAAAUUUAUUCGAGAUCGCUGCUUCGGAGCAUUGUCCGUCAGUGUUAUGGUGGCGUCUCCGUGCAGCCACAGUCCACCAACAUUUACUUGACGAGCCCGUCCCGGUUCCUGCUCCUCUGUUACUGGCGCUGGAACCUCUAAAAUCGCUCUAUAACGGCGAUGCCGAAUUGGCGGGACGUUUGGAGCUCGAAGAGGGGUUACUACAACAUACUCUCUCGCAGGACAAACUGGCUGGUGAAUAUUUCGUACGCUCUGCGAGGGCGACAGGUAUGGAAUAUGAACUCACCGGGGCUUUGGGCAAGCGGACCAAGUUUCAGCAGACGGAACUGAGUCAACUCGUCCUCCUCGCUGAGAGCCAGCUCAAACUUGAUGAUAAAGCUGCCACUGCUUCCUCCACACCAAGCCAUGCAAAUAUUCCGGAGACUUUACCGCUCAACGACGACACUUUACUUGAACAGACCGUCUUUACGUCUUCUUCUCCCUCCGCCUAUAAUCGCCUUGCUCAUCUUGACCCAUCAUCGCAACCAGCGCUGCAUCCGCUUGACCAAUGUAUUUUGCUUUCAAUGUGUUUGAAUGUGAAGAACACAUCUCCCGUCCAUGGAUUGACCGCCGAACAAAUGUCGCCAUAUGUCGCGCGGGUUAUUUCUCAUCCUCUGAAUUGGUCUGUCCACACCAUGGCUCUACUACUUCGUGCGAGGCUAGAAGCGAAUCGGACGAGAACGGUAGAACGCGCCACACUACAACUUCAAGCAUUGGUGGAACAGAUGCCGACUACAGAUUCGACAGUGGCACCGGCAGCAGUCCGACUGAAAUUUGUGCAUGCGCUGCCUUUGCCGAGCAAAUGGGAGAUGGAAAAAGAGCUGGCAUCAAGAUUCCUAAGUCUUGGUGUCGUCCGUUCCGCGUUGGAGAUUUUCGAGAGGCUUGAAAUGUGGGAAGAGGUGGUCAAAUGUUGGCAGGCGCUCGAUCGCAGAGACCAGGGCGAGCGUAUUGUCCGGGACUUGCUGGAGGGGAGAAAGGCUGAGGCGGAUGUUGUCCUUGCCCGAGGAAAACAAGCGACGACCAAUGCACAUCGACUUCGUAUGGACACUGCCCGGGAGGCCAAAUUGUGGUGCCUCCUUGGGGACCUCGAGCCAGACCACGCAAUCGACCAUUACCAGAAAGCUUGGGCUCUGUCAGGGGAGACCGCGGGCCGGGCAAUGCGUUCAUUAGGUGGUUAUUAUUUUGCACGAGGGCAAUACCAAGAGGCCAUCGAAUGCUUGAAAAAAGCCGUUGUCAUCAAUCCGCUUCUAUCGCGAUCGUGGUUUGUGUUGGGAUGUGCCUGCAUGCGAGUGGAAAAUUGGGAAGAGGCCAGAGCCGCUUUUACACGUUGUGUCACAAUUGAUGAAGAGGAUGGGGAAAGCUGGAGCAAUCUAGCGAGUAUGUAUAUGCGCAUUGGUACCACAGAGGGCGAGUCAACGGUUCCUUUUGAGAACAAGCUCCUCGCGUUCCGAGCACUAAAGCAGGGGCUGCGCUCAGCAUACGAAAACUGGCGGAUGUGGUACAACUUCAUGAUUGUCGCCAUCGAUCACUUAGACAUUGACGUUCUGGAGCGACUGGUCAACGCUGUCACUCGCGCAGAUGCCAGCUCUUCUAUCGAAGAUGCUGCGAAUCAGCCCAACUCGGGUCGCGCUCUUUUCCGGCCCGUUAUGCAUUUGAUGGAAGACAUCGUCCUGCCGAAAAUAUCCUCGUCGUCUCGUGUCUUCCUGGCUUACGCCCGUUUACUUCGUUGGGCUGAACGGUGGGGCGAUGCGCUCAAGGCCAGCAUGGAUGCAUAUCGAUGUGGUGCUGCCUCCGAAUUAGAUAACACCUCUGAUGUAACCAAGUGGAGGGAAGCAGUAACUGAGGUGCGGGAUGUUGUUGAUGCUCUCCGGAAUUUUGGGCCGAGGGCCGAGGACGUCGGAGGCAAGUGGCGGGGGCAAGCAAGGAGCGUUGUUCGUUCCUUCAUGGGCAAAACGAAGGAGGCAUUCGGGAACGAGCCAGAGUGGGCCGAAUUAGAGGAGCUUUUGGAGGAACUGAAGAAGAAAGAUGAAUAG